UAAUAUAUCUAGCGACCUUUACCACACUUCUUAAAAGUGUACUCAGCUGUUGAUUCCAGUAUAGUACCUGGCUGCUAACAAUGGAGUCCCUGAAGAAGAAGGUUCCUCUGAGUUUAAAAAGGCCCAAACCAAGUGUGGAGGUUGGUGAGAAUUCAACUGAUCAGUCCUCCAGUUCUCCCGCUGCUGACAGUCUCAUAUUCAGGCCUACAACGUCAUAUGCACAACUAUUGGAGAAGAUACGAGGACAACCCGUCACCUCGUUCCCCACAUCACAGCUUAAGUUGCCAAUGGAGAACGAUCUUCCUGCUGGAGGUGUGUCAGAGGAAGAGAGUGAUGGCUCGGCAGAGCAGCCGUCUCUAAAAUGGACACCCCUACCACCCCCCAACAUCAAAUACAACCUCUGGAAUGCAGUGAGCAUGUUCAGGGAUGAUGAGGUCGAAGAAACUAACACAGCCAAUGAACAUUUUGGUAGUGAUAGUUUCGAGAAAUUUGGUGAUGGAAUGCACAGUAGCCAUUUUGUUAAGGAGUCUCACAUGGAAAUCGACACAGCAGUUAAUGUUCAACCUCCUAAUGAAGACCAGAAAGUGUUUUCAGAUGAGGAUGAUUUCUUGGAUAUGUCAAUCGAAGAUGAGCGAGUGUUUGAUAAAAUAAUGCAAGAAGACAUGGAUUUUGAUACCCUUUCUUCACAGGAAACAACUAUUCAUACUAAGAACACUUUUGUUGCACUCGAACCAAGCAACAGGACAAUUCCAUCUUGCACCUCGCAUACUAGUCAAAAUGAUAAUCCUACGAACAAUGAUGAGGCUUCUCUAACAUCAUACAACCCUCCUGUGGACAUUUAUGACAUUGAUAAUGAGUUUGACGAAAUUUCGGUAGAUGAAUUAAACCGAAUUGAUAGAGAAGUGGAUAUUUACAUUGAGAGGAGCCCUGAUUCGUCGAGCAGUGAUGAGCUGCCUCCUGUAAGAUGGGACAAAUCGACAGAUCCAGUUGUCAAACCAAGUCAGGUUCAUCAUAUAAGCAAGGCAAACUGGUUACCUGUAGUACAACAGCCCGGAGCUGAUUUGAACCCGGUAGUCUGCAGAAAAUCUUACUCUAAUGUCAAGAAAGUUGAAGUGAGGGGUGAAAAUUCUGGAACGAGUAUUAGACAAGUUUCGCCAGUAACCUCUCAAGGUGUACCCACUCUUCAGCCUGCUGUGCCUGCUGCUGUGAGCUUUGGUCCAUCUGUGUCAAACAGUACUACUACCAUUACCAGUCAUCUGGCUGUUAAGCAAUGUCCAAUGUGCUACUUUGAGUUCCCGGCAAGGUUUACUCAAGAUCAAGCUGAUGAGCACUUUGCUCUGUGCCUGACUGUGGAAGACCUCACCGACUGAUUUUCAUAUACACAUCUAGUGAUCAUUACCAAUCAA